AUGGCAACCGACACCACGCCGACGCAUUCCCUUCUUUCAAUCCCAUCCACUGCCUCAUGGCGGUCUCGACGGGAAACCUUGUCGUCGGUGUUUUUGAGAGGUAUGUCGAAUAACAAAUGUCGUGCUGUCUGGAUGUCAAACAACAGAGCAAGACGAGCACAACAUGGCGGAUCUGUUCAGGACAAUGCGAGCGCUUUACUGUUGAACAUGAUUCGAACAUUGACAAGUAACUCCUCGGCAGACCAAAAAGAACUGGAUCGUAGGCGUUUGGAAGCUGGAUUUGCUGAAACUUCAAAAGAAAUAGAUCAUCUGGUUCUUGAGCACGAGAACGAUGUUGGGACUUGUUUGGAGUCAUUCAGAAAUGUUUCCACUCGAAUCACGGCUUGCCGUGAAAAAGUACACAGCAUACGUAGUAGUUUGCUCACAUGUCGUUCCUUGCUGCAAUGUAGGCGGGAUGACUUAAAAAGACUUUGGAUGGAAAAUGCUCAACAAAAACACGUCAGCACAAUUCUGGCUCAAAUAGAAGGAUUGAAUCGUUUAGGAAGUGAAGUUGAGGCAGCCAUGUCCACUUUAAAUUACCAUUCAGCUGCAAAUUCCUUAAAUGAAGCAGAUUUAUUGUUCAAUGGUCCGUUUUCAAACAUUGAUGGAUUGAGUCAGUUACGUUCACAGUUGCUUGAUUUGUCAAAAAAACUUGUAGAACGGAUUGUUAGUGACAUCACAAAUCAUUUGAUCGUUCGGCCGUUUGAAAAACAUCUUGUUGAAAUAAUCAAGUCGCUGCCGGAAAAUAAAGUUGCGGAAUCAGCGGAAUGCGUUGAAAUUAUGUCUCAUUUUAAUGUAAAAGAAAGCGUAACCUCGAAUGGCACAUAUUCUGUAGCUGCCCGUUGUGCCGAAAAUAUUCACGCAUUAUGUGUAUUCGGCAGACUGUCAAUCACACUUCAACGCUUUUUGCAAAGUUCGUCGACAGUAUUCAUCCGUCUGAUACAUACAUCGGCGAAUGUAGUCUGUGUUGCGUUUGAUGGAAAUCAAAAAGGCGAUGAACAAAAUUUGGCUCAGUUUAUGCAGUUGGUGCUAAGUCAGUUUCAUAGUAGCUAUGAAGCCCAUCUUGUAAUGGAUGCUGAACUUAAAAAAUUGCGGCGAAACGAUUUGGGCGAUGACGAACAAGUAUCAUCCUUGUCCGAAAAUUUUUGGGAAACAGCACAGGCUAUAAUUGAAGAUCUAGUGGAUGAAUAUAUCACAGAAAAUGGCAAUACUUCCAAUUUAGUUAUGCAAAAAUCAAAUAUAUCAGCUGCAGAAAAAGUUACCUUGUUCAGAUUUGAUGCUUCAGCUUGCGCACUUACUACUCAGUCCGGACAAACCAUUAAGCAGCUUCAUUCUCUGAUAUGUCCGUCGUCACCGUGGAAUAUUACCGCUCUUUAUCCACAACUUGAGCUUUUCUGCAAUGAGCGUGAAACCGAAACAAAUGCAAAACCCUGUCGUUUGCGUUCUUACUUACAUUCAUUCAUUGUCAAUGUUUUCAUCGAUCAGUUCAAAGGCAAACUUGAAGCUGUUGCUGAGCAAGCACUCAAGGAACAGGAUGCUUGGCGUGUUCUUAUGCAUUACCCUAAUCCAAAAGUUUUGGGAAGCUGUUGGAAUGUUUACUCAGUUUGUAACCAAAUCGGAAAAUUGAUUCUUGCCAUGGAUAAAUAUACAGAAAGAUUAUCAGCAUUGUGGUUGCUUGUUAUUGAUGAAUUUUCGGAUAGCGCUAAUAAUGUCUAUGAAAAGAUCUUGUCUUCCUGGAAGCCCACUUCAGAGGGAAAAGAUUCUGUGGCUUCCAGUGUGAGCCAUGACGAUGGAUAUAAAGAAAAGCGUAAAAUAAGUGCAGCAUGGGCAGUGGACGAAGAUAUAUCACGUCUCUUGAAGAGUUUACCAAACUGGUUCAUGGUAAGCAACUAUGAAGAUAAUUCAACUGCCUCGGUCAACACGCCUUCUGCAAUUUCACCCACAAGUGAAUCGGAAAGUGAUAUAUGUUGCCGAAAUGAAAGAGAAUCUGAAAUUUUCAUAGGUAACCUGGGAACAGCGAAACAGCUUGUUCGCGAUGAGCUGAUAACCGAUAUGGAAAUAAUUCGUUCGCUGGCAUGUAUACAUGAAUCACUGAAAUGGUUCUGUGGCAGCAUGCGUUCUCUCAUCGAAAAGCUCCCGGAGUCGUCCCGUAAUGCAAUGCAUAAAUGCGUUGUACAAUUACAAAGAACAGAUGGAAGUGGCAUUGUUCACCAAUCUGAAGAGCAUAUUGCCGUUGCGCUAGAUUCCAGAUUAGCCGAUUUGGAAGCAAAAGCGGACACUUGUUUAUUGAUAAUUCACCUUGAGCUUCGUGUACAUUGCUUCUUUCAUUUAUUGCCACUCGCUCGAGUAAGGCCUUCAUUACCUCAUGAUGAACUCGAUAACGAAGUAAUUGAUUUUGGGCGUGAUAUGGCUCAUUUUCAUCAAGUACUCAGCACGAAUCUUCCGCCACAUAAAAUGAAAUAUCUCUUUGACGGCUUAGGACAUCUUUCAGCUUCCAUCUUCAUUCAUUCCAGCCAACAUAUGCAAAAAUUGAAUGAAAAUGGAAAGAAACGUGUCUGUCGAAAUAUUUUUGCAGUACAACAGAGGUUAAGUCAGCUGACAGGACAUCGUGAAAGUGAGCUAGAAAGAGCGAGAAUUUUUUUCGAAUUACUCAACCACGAUCCUGAUCAGUUGUUGGCUUUAAUUCUGGAGCGAGGAGCAAUAUUUUCACACCUGGAAUACACUUACCUUCUUGCGCUUGCUCUAAGGUCACACCCAAUACUAAGCGCUCAACCUGGUGCUUUGGAACAAAGGAUUUUGCAACUGAAGACGAUUUUAACACAACUAAAGAAGUGAACAUUGCUUAAAUGCUUCAUCGAAUGAUGUGUAAAACUUAGCUGGAAGUUUUUUUUGUUUGGUAGUUUUUUGCCAUUUGUAACAUAUUAUUUGAUCAUUUGAGAUUUCUUUCCAUCUUGAUAAUUUUGAUACCAUAAUUUCUAGUUAAAGGGUAACUGGCUGAUUGCAAAACUUAAUUCCGAGUUAAUCGGAUUCGUAUAUGCUUCAGGUGCUUCCACUUCUAAUGUUUUUUUUUUUUUUACUUUACCGC